AUGGCAGUGCCAGCACUCCCAGCCCUCCACACUUCAAAAUGUGCCAGGAUUCCAACGUGGGAAAGAAAUGCUGGGUUUCGGCAGUACAUUGAGCUCCACAGAGACAGCGCCGGGCACUGGGUGACUGUGCUCGCUGGGGGGAAGGAAUUAAACCUGGGCACAGGAGACCCUCAGAAGCCAAGAGGCAAAAUGGCAUCGUCUGCUUUCUCUGUGCAAACCUGCCGGGAGGAGCACAAGAAGCAGCACCCAGAUGCUUCAGUCAACUUCUCCGAGUUUCCUAAGAAGUGCUCAGAGAGGCGGAAGACCGUGUCUACUAAGGAGAAAGGGAAAUUUGAAGACAUGGCAAAGGCGGACAAGGCUCGUUAUGGGAGAGAAAUGAAAACGUAUAUUCCUCCUAAAGGGGAAACAAUAAAGGAAUUCCAGGAUCCCAAGGCACCCGAGAGGCCUCCUUCGGCCUUUUUCUUGUUCUGUUCUGAUUCUCGCUCAAAAAUCAGAGGAGGGCGUCCUGGCCCAUCCAUGGGUGACGUUGCAAAGAAGCUGGGAGAGAUGUGGACUCAAGCUGCUGCUGAUGACAAGCGGCCUUAUGGAAAGGAGGGUGCUGAGCGGAAGGAGAAAUAGGAAAAGGAUAUCGCUUCCUACCGAGCUAACAGAAAGCCUGAUGCUGCCAAAAAGGGAGCUGUCAAGGCUGAAAAAAGCCAGAAAAAGAAGGAAGAGGAAGAAGACAAGGAAGAUGAUGGGGAGGAAGAAGAGGAUGAAGAUGAUGAUGAAGAUGAAGAUGAUGAAUAAGUUGGUUCUAGCGCAGUUUUUUUUCUUGUCUAUAAAGCAGUUAACCCCCCUGUACACAACUCACUCCUUUUAAAGAAAA